AUGUCGGGCACCCCACAGCCAGAGAACAAUGCUUUGAUCGCGUUUUCUGGGAGGAACUACUGUGCCUUUGGUCUCCAACACGGUAUACAUACCGUACCGGUCGACGAGGUCACCGGCGUCGAGAUAUUCACCGGACACGGCAACAGCGACGAUGAUGAGGAAGAUGAGGAUAACGAUGAGGACAGCGGGAUCGAGGAGUACCACAAAGUGCGAUUCAACCUCAAUGCUCCUUUCCGAGAAGAGCCUGGCGGCUUCCUUACGCCCGAGAGAUUCAAUCUGGUCAACAGUCGGCUCUUGGUAGACGGGAUCAAUGCUGCUCGCUGGCAGUUCUUUGUGAGAGACAUGAAGGCCGUCCUACGCCCAGGCGGCUGGCUGCAGAUGAUGGAGGUUCACCCGCUGUGGCAGUCAAGUUCUGGGCAUGAUCUGCCCUUUCUUCAUCGUUGGUCAGAGCGGUACAUGAGCAUGUUGACGCGCAUGGGCAAGGAUCCUCGGAUCGGUUCGAAGCUCAGUCUGUACAUGACGGAGUGUGGCUUCCAAAACGUCCACGCUUCUAUCGAGCAGCUCCCUGUCGGAGCGUGGAAUCCGCAACGAGCAUCCGUGGGCAACGAGUUUAGGACCUUGUCAAAGGACAUGGUUCUAGCAGCGGGAGCGUGGCCUUUGAUGCGGCUCAGUGGCAUGUCGCAGUCUGACUUUGACGCACUGAUUGAGGGCGCAAGAGCCGAGCUGGACCGGCAGGAGCUAAAGAUUUACAUGUCGGUUCACGUGGUGUACGGCCAGAGACCGCCCAGGAGAUGA